CCCGACCCUUAGUAUAGUUGACUACCUAAAUAAACUCACUGCUGAAACCAAGCAAACAAUAAUAUCCAAGCAAUAAGUAGACUAAAAUUAUCUGUGAAUGGGUCUUUGGGGCCGUUCCUGUAACUCUGGCCUGGUCACACAACAAAUGUGCCGUUGCUUCUUUAAGAAGUCAAUAUGCAUUCUGGGAAUGGAUGUGUCGUUGCCGCUUUAAGAAAAUGCUAUGCAUUCUGGGAAUCGUAGUCUGUGCUAGUUACACAUUGCCACAUAGAUCACAUUUGAAGACUUCACACGGUGGCUGUGUGACCGGGGAGAGCGAAGUCGGACUGCGACGGGAGUUUUCAUUCACAAGAUUCGCCAGUGAUGUCCAGAGGUCCUCCCAGGAAUUUUUAUUUGAAUUUUAAAACCACUACGUAUAGCUCGAUUAUGCAAACCAGAUCAUGUUGACGAGUUUGUAGUUGCCUGUGUCGGUAGCUAGUUAAUCAGCCGACACUACCCAAGGAAGUCUACCCGGGCUUAGUUAGGUAGCAAGCUAGCUAGCGGACACCAGCUAACGACGAGUUAACGACGGAGGUCGCAAAUCUUGACAAUGCUGCGUUGGAUCCGCUGUUGUAGGCUACUAGUUAAAAUGCUGCAGGCCCGCACGGUAGUAAUUAUGUAGCCAUUUGGCUAAUUUAGCCAGGUAAAUAAACUAGCUUGAUUGAACGUUGGCCGUUUUUCAGACAGGUUUACAAAUAUUUAGACAACUUGGCUGACAAAUAUACCCCCUCGCUGACGAGCUGUUUUCCUCAUUCAGUUUUGCAUUCCUAUAGCUGGCGCUUCGCAAGCGUCAUCUCAACUUAUUAGCUAAUGUAGCUAAACCAUUUGUGUUGUGUUCAGGUUCAUACGUAAGACUAUUUAGGUUGCUCGUCUUGAAUGAGCAAGAACUGGAGUUAUCGACAAGUUAAGCUCCAUCAAGCUAGCAUUGAUUGUUAAACAACUACAUUCGUGCUAGCCAUCUCAUUCAAACAAGCCGAGUUUAACUAGCGUUGGGUAAUGCUAGUUAUGCAGUUGUCACUUUUUAAUCUUAUUUUGUUUGGGCUAGAUUUGAGUGCAUUUUAGCUAUUGUUAACUAUAGGGAACAAAAGACCAAAGUUGAAUUUCACCGGCGAGCGAACCAAUGUUUUAUACUUUAAAAAGGGUGCUGGUUAGUCAGCUAAAGUAAAGAUGUCUUUCAUAGAAAGUUUCCUGGCAUAUUUUAAUUUAAGCAGUUUACAGUGGCUAUGUAUGGUCACAUUGUUCAUCGCUUCUGUUGUCACGGUGCUUGUGUAUUUUGUGCAAUAUUUUUUCGGCGAUUUGCGAGCUGGUACCGUUAGUAAACAUGAAAUCCGAAAUUGGGACGAAGCGGACGCCCUGCUGAAUUGGGCGCUGUCACUGAAAAGCUGGAGGUGUCAGUGGAAAAAAUCCUGGAUUCGAGCCCUGAACGAAGAAGCGAAGAAGCCCACGAGAGGUGUGCAGAUAACGUUUGAAGAGGAUGAUGUUCAGGCUUCCGAUCUGGCGGUCAGCCACGUGUCAAGCUUUAGAAAAUCCACCGAGUUGAAGAAUGUGCGCUGCCGGGUGGUGGGAGAGAAACUGCAGGCCUCCUUCACGGCGGCUCGCACGGAAGCCUCGUCCACCGGCCCCCAGAGGUACAGCGUCAAGAUCUCUCCGCUUCAGCUGCAGCUGGACCUGCAGAUGCGGGAGGUGUCGGAGGAGGUGCAGGUGGCGUGGACGCUGUCCAGCCUGGAGGUGUGGGAUCUGCAGCUGACGCCCAGCCACACGCAGAGCGGUGUCGUGGGCCCCAGCGUGUCUGAGAUCAGGGACAGACUGCGGCAGGUCCUGUGUGGAGCUCGCCCCUCAGUACUGCUGAGCAGCCGGCCUGCCCAGCCUGCAGAGCUGAAGGACGCGCGGGCCAAGGCGUCUCAGGUGGCGUCCCCACCCAAGCCCCCCCGGGCACACGACUGGAAGCUGCUGGUGAAGAACAUCAGGGUGACGGGCGGGCAGGAGGACGGUGCUGCAGGCAGCACAAACCCAUACUGCGUCCUCCAGCUGGACGACCCGCCCCAGAAGGUCUCCACGUCCGUGUGCAGGGGCACCUCCAGCCCCUCCUGGGACCAGCCCUAUAUCUUCGAGCUGAGCGGGCGAUCAAAAGAGCUCAUCAUUCAGGUCCUGGACGAGGGGCAGCCGCAGGAGAGUGCCCUGAUUGGCCAGGUUUCCGUGCCCUUUGACCUCGUUAAGAAACAGCCCAAAGGACAGCAGACGUUUGCACUUUUGAAUAAAGACCAAGAGGCCGGGACACUCUCCACUGAGUUCAAGUAUCUGGAGCCCAGCGAGGUGCGGUCCUGGCAGACCCCCACCCCCGCCCUCACCAAAAAGGUGGAGAUGGACCGCACGGUCAUGCCCUGCGGCACCGUGGUCACCACCAUCACCGCGGUCAAGAGCAAGCCGGGCCGGACCCUGCCCGCCGCUCUCAACGGAGAGUCCCCCUUGAAGGCUCCGCCCAAAUCCAAGCUGUCUGGGAGACGAGUGUCCGAGCAGCACUCUGUGUCUGGAGCCACAGUCAGCAAGGCCCUGUCCUCCUCAGACACAGAGCUCCUGAUCCUGAACGGGACGGACCCCGUGGCCGAGGCCGCCAUCCGCCAGCUCCACGAGUCGGCCAAGCAGAAGCUCAAGUCCCCCGUGAGGAAGAGCACCAUCAUCAUCUCGGGCGUGGCUAAGACUCCUCUGUCUCAGGACGAUGAGAUGGCUCUGAUGGCUGGAUACGCGGCUGCCAUGGAUGCCUCCAUGACCGAGGGCCCCAGCUCCGCCUCCUCGGGGGCCACAGGGGGGGCCCCCACCGAGGCCCCGAGCCUGGCGGGCCCCCGGGAGGGCCCCGACGGGGCGGGGACCGAGGAGAACUGGGACGGCCAAUCGGAUCACGACCCCGACGCCGACAAGAAGUCCGCGCUGUCCCUGUGCAUUUCGGAGUCGGGUUCCAAAAAGAGUAAAGAGGAAGCCUGUGCUAAGCAGACAGUAUUACCGGCCCAGCAGCUUCCUGCGCAAGAGCGCCAAGCUCUUCUUCCGCCGCCGGCACCAGCAGAAGGACCCGGGCAUGAGCCAGUCGCACAACGACCUGGUGUACCUGGAGCAGCCGACGGGCGUGGAGAAGGAGCGCCGCACCGCCACCUUCAGCCGCAUCAUCAACAGGAAGCUGCACCCCAAGAGCAAGAGCAAAGCCAACGGCUCAGCGGGCGACCCGCACGCCUGACCCCGCCCCUGCCCUGAGCUGUGAGGGGGGGGUGGCCAGCCUCUGCCCAGGCUCCGCCCCUGCCCUGAGGAGGGGGAGUGACUUCUACACUGACCCUGCCUCUGCCCUGAGGAAGGGGCGUGGCCUCUGAUCUGACCCUGUCCCUGCCCUGUGGAAGGGGUGUGGCCUCUGUACUGACCCCGCCCCUGCCUGGAGUUAGGGGUGUGGCCUGUGCACUGACCCCACCCCUGCCCUGAGGAAGGGGUGUGGCCUGUACACUGACUCAAACCUUGCCCUGAGGAAGGGGUGUGGCCUCUGCACUGACCUCGCCCCCCUCUGGUGGUUACGAGAGAGAGGGAGAGGACCCUUUAAGUACUCGAUGGAGAAUGGGUGUGGACACCACCUCGGUUUGGAUUUUUUUCCGGAAGAGGACGCGCCGCGGGGGCCAUGACGAUAUAACCGGCUUAACUAAUGGCAACGGACAUUUCCAACCGUUUGUUUAUUUUUAGUUAAUGAGAAUUGUGGCCUUCUAACCUAUUAUAAGGAAUGCGGUGGCCAUGCUAGGUUUUUUCCCCCCUGAAUAUAACCAGCUUUUUGUGACUUGGGGGGGUGGGUUGCCGGUUGUUGACCAAGAUGAACCAAAAAAAAGUGGUUUUGCACAUUUUGAAGAGACAAACAAAACUUGUUUCUUUCUCACUUUAACCCAGGCUUGUCCUGGACGCAUUGCAGAUCUAGUUUAUAUUGACUGUACUGCGUAUAUCGCAAUGGGAGCGUACUGUCAAGACAAAGGGAGACCAAUUGAUUGCGUUGCAUGGCUAAUUCCCUUCGGAUAAGCUACUUGAAUCCGACUAUUUUUUUACCUGCUAGUGCUUCAGAGUCCAUCACAUUUAUCUGCAUAACUUAUCCAGCUACUGUGAAAAGACCUUAUACUGAAGACUACAUCUUAAGUUACGAGUCCAGAAUCUGAGCAGUCACUCAAGGCAGACAUGUCCACUGCAGUGGAGAUGUUCUCGCUUACGUUUAGCCAACUAGCUAUUCAGUGCUAUGAAAAAGGAGACGCACACCCACCAGAUAAAGCUUAAUAGGUAAAAAGCAGAUGUAAAAAAACACUCCCGCAGAGCCAUCGCACACCGGCAUCGCAGCACGCUUCACGCAGAAUGAGGAAGCGGUCAAAAUCUACACCGUGAAUGUGUUCUUGCCUUUGUGAGAGAGAGAAAAAAAAAAAAGAAGCAGCAGACGUUUCCGUUUAAAAAGAAUUAUGCAACUGUUUACCGUCGAUUUAUUUUUCUUCUGGGUUUUCUUUUUCCCGCGACACUACGGCUUUGUGUAAAGGGGUGUGGCGUUUGCGGCGCGGCACCGGCGAACCUCGGACGGAGGAAACACUACCAGGAGGCGCGGCGGUCGAGCUGGGACGUCGAGACCCGCCCGAGCCGCAGUCGCCUCAUUGACUACUGUUUUUGUUUUUAAGUUUUUAAGUUUCAAGAGCUUAGACGUAUGAGGAAUUGAAAAUUUACCAGAAUGACAUUGUUUUUUUUUAAAAAAAAAAAAGAAAUUUAUUUCCUUUAUGAUUGUAAAUUUAUUUUCCUAUGCAGGUAAACUUUUUUUUUUAGCACAAGAAACUGCAUCUAAAUAUCAGUUCAUCAGAUUAUAUACUACUGUUCUUCCUGAAUGAGCCUAGCAAGGAAUUUGCUAACUAUACACACACAAAAAUCAUGAUGCACAUUAGACUACGUAGAUAAGAGUAGUCCAUCCACUAUCAUAGUGGGGGGCGACAAAGCUCAGGAGGUAAGACCGCUUGUCUGGCAGUCGGAGGGUUGCCGGUUCAAACCCCGCCCUGGGCAUGUUGAAGUGUCCUUGAGCAAGACACCUAACCCCUAACCCCUAACCCCUAACUGCUCUGGAAAAUGAGAGGCAUCAAUUGUAAAGCGCUUUGGAUAAAAGCGCUAUAUAAAUGCAGUCCAUUUACCAUUUACUAUCAUAAGUUCAGCUCAUAGCCUUAAAGCCCAGCACUCAAAGCCGGUUUGUUGCCAACGCACUGGCAGACUGAUGGAGGUUACGACCGUAGUGCUAGCAGCUAGCAUGAGGGCUAUCUGACGUUUCAUGAGUGCGGCCAUUUUGUUAUUUUUAAAUGAGUGGGAAAGCUGGCUGUGCUGUGCUUCCUCGGCUUUUGCAGCCUCUUCAUAACUGCGGUUUUACCGUCUCUUGCGGUUGUAAAACGACUUGAGGCUUUUAAAAAUGUAUUAUUAGGCAGCCAGGAGUGGAAAUUGACAGAACUUUUGCAUGGAUGGCUUUGAGAAAUCUCAAAUCUUAAAAAAAAAAAAAAAAAAAAAAUGUUUUUUUUUUUUUAAAAGAUAGAGAAGUGUGCAUUGUUUGGAGUAAAGAAAAAGUACUUGUUGAUUUCCAGGCCUUCCGCCUGAAUGGGAAAGAAGUAUCUGCUUCACCAACAGAGCUCUGUUUGAGGUCCAAUGCAGUAUUGGUGAAAAAUGGCUUCUUCAUCGCAUGCCGUGAGUUGAUGUAAUGUUUAACUACCACAACACCUUUUAGAGUUUUUUUUUAAAAAUUUUUUUUUUUUUAAUUGGGCUAUAUUUGAGCAUUGGUGGAUUAAUAUUUGCUUGCGCCAGUAGCAUUUUCUAGUGCUCAGAUUUUUUAUUUUCCCUCGCCGGACUGAUAAAUACAGAGUUGGACAAAGAACUGUGGUGCAACUGCUAUAUCUAUAAAGUGGAAAAAUAAAAAGCUCUAUAAAUCCAGGGAGCGUGUUGGAGGGAAUUUUUUUUAUUUUGCAGACUCAAUUCUGAGCCUAAAAUGAGUCUUAAAAAAUGCAUACUUGUAUAAUGUGCUGAUGGCUUGUAAAUAAUCAAACUGCUUGCUGACAUUUUAUAUUCACAUCAGAUCCAUCUAAUAAAUGGAACUAUGAUGCCUCUUAAUAUAGAUUGUCAGUGAGGGCAAUGCAGGGAUUAUCACCAGUUAACAUAUCAGGAUUAUAAUUUUGAGCAAUAAACAUUGACUGAAUAACCAUGA